AGGCGAAAACUGAGAGAGAGAGAGAGGGAGAGAGAGCCAACGAUGUUGCAGUUUCCGGCGUUCAUGACGCAGUACCCGGGGUCGAACAGGACGAUACCGACGUCGUUUCUGCUUCCAUCACAGUGGCCCCAACCCCACAGCGAAGAACUUCUCCUGGCCAUGGAAGAGUCGGACUUCGAAGAGAAGUGUAAUGAAAUCCGGAAGAUCAAUAGCAACCUGAUUGUGAUUGGGAAAACACAUGUUGAUAAUGAUAAGGAAGAUUACGAGAACGACGGAGAUGAUGAGGAUGCUGACAAUGCUGAUGAAUCUGAAGGGGAGGAGUUUGAGCAAGAAACCAGUUGAAGAUGUAGAUUGUCAACCUGAUGCACUUAAUUAUCAUUUGGUUCUGAAGAGAAUGUAAUUGGAACCCUUUUUGGUUCACUUGUGGCCACAGCAAUGGGAUACGAUAAGAUAUUAUCAUGAUAAGUAUUUCUCACAUGUGAGCUACCUAUACGAAUUUAU